UUUCGAUAAUCUAUUCAUCGGGAUGUAUAUACAUAUAAAUAUAAAUUUAUAAAAUUAGACUUCGAAAUCACCAAGAAAUUGCCUAAAAGUCCAGUGCCGCAUACGUGUUAUACACAAUGACCACCACCGAGAUUGCCAGCAGCAGCUCGACUUCCAACUCCACGGGCCAGCGUGGUGUUAGUCGUGUACUUGCCAAGUUGUCUCAUUCUUUGGCCGGGGGGGAGUUCUACGAAGCCCACAUGAUGUACAGAACGUUAUAUUUUCGUUAUACGGCGCAGAAACGCUACCAGGACUGCCUGGACUUGCUUUUUGACGGGGCCCAGAAGCUGAUUGCCAAGGAGCAGGAGGGCAGCGCGGCUGACCUGUGUUUAUUAUUGGUGGAUACACUCGAGAAGAGGGGGCCACUGCCUGAGGACACCGACAACUUCCUCUGGGUGCCUCGCUUGGGCGCCCUAAUACGAGGUCUUAGCUCAGGCACAGUGGAGCGUGAGACACUGAUUCAACGCGCCAUCAAAUGGAGCAUUUCUGUGCACGGACAGUACGGGCACCCGGUCUUGCACAAGCUCAUUGCUCACGUUUUUUGGACGGAGGGCAACAUAGAGGCGGCCCGUCACCACUAUCUCCUCUGUCAGGACGGCAGCCUCUGUGGUCGAGUUCUGAUUGAAAUCAGCCAGAGCAGAGGCUUCCAAAGCGAGGUGGAUUUGUUUCUGGUGCAAGCCGUUCUUCAGCAACUGUCGCUAAAGGAUCGAAAAUCCGCCGAGGAAACGUUCAUUGAGUACACACGCUACCACCCUAAGCUACUUAGACACGAGUUUCCCUACCAGGAGCCCCUGGUCAACUUUUUGUACUUUCUGUUUCGUUUGAUUGACACAAAGAGUGUGACGGGCUUCCGUGCCCUGCAAAAGCUCUACGAUCCGUCGCUAAAGCGCGACACGUCAUACUUAAAGUACGCAACGAAAAUUGGAGUCGUCUACUUUGAUGAGCAGCCGGAGACCCAUGCCGGACCUCCCGGAUUGGGUGGGAUGUUCGGCGACAUUUUCAGUCGCCUGAUGCAAGGCUUUGACGAGGAGGAGGCGGAAGAUCAGAGCACGCCCCAGAGAAGGCAGAACGUCAACAACGAGCUGGACUAACAGCAGUUAGUCCAGCGGCAGCUUCGUCACGAAUGGCGGUGGAGAGCUACUUGGUUCUUUCUAUUAUUGUGCGCUUUUAGUCAACGAGGUUCAUUGGCGCUAUUGCACCGGACUAUUCUUUUCCUUGUUAUAAUUUUAAUAUACUGUAUGCAAAAUUAUUUAACAUAAGCGUAUAGUCGCAAUAAUUGCUAUGUAGAUUCCAUAGAAUUUCGAAUGGAAAAUAUAUGAUAUAUAUUUCACCAAGCA